ACCAUGGGUCUCCUUGGGAUUCCGACAUGGAUGCUGUUCGUCUGCCUGAGCUGGCUCUGUGUGGGUCAAGUGGGGGCGAGGACGCACUACAUGGUAGCCGUUCCUGCAGUCAUAGAAGCAGGAUCUGAGGCCAGAUUCUGUGCAAGUCUCCUGUGGCUCAAUGAAACUACAAGAAUGAUCAUCACUCUGAAUAAGAACACAGUGGAGGCGUCCAACAUCAUCUACGACAAAUGGUCACGCGAAGGGUUCCAUGAAUGCCAUACCUUCCAGGCUCCGAUGGUGUCAAAACAGGAGAUAUAUAAUUUUGAGGUGGAGAUACGAGGAGGAGCAGCAUUUCCCCCCAGACAAGUCAGGAAAAUCAUAUUCAAACGCUACAAACCAUUCACCUUUAUUCAGACAGACAGACCCAUCUAUAGCCCUGGACAAGAAGUGCAAUUCAGAAUCAUGACACUGGACACCAACUUGAGAUCCGUCAGUCAAGUGUACUCAUUCAUCGAAAUAGAGGAUCCGAAAAGCAACUGUAUUGGACAGUGGCAAAACCAGACCUGCAGUAGAAAAGUACUGCAGCUGUCUUACAAACUGAACUCUGAGGCCCAGGAAGGAAUUUACAAUGUUAUUGUGAUAAUUGAAGAGCAAAAAAUAUAUCAUACUUUUAAGGUGGAGAAAUACGUGCUGCCUAAAUUUGACGUCAAAAUAAAUACAUCUGAUGAAGUGUGUGUAACGCAAGAGAAAAUCAAAAUCGAAGUUUGUGCGACAUAUACAUACGGCCAGCCUGUUCCAGAUUACCUUGCAGACACAAGACGAAAAAUGGAAAGAGGGGAAGACUCAACCAGGGCAACAGGAGGCAUUUCACAUGUGCAAAAGCAGAGAAUUGUACUUUCCUAUGAGGAGGGCCGCCUAGAAUUUAUUGAUGUAAAGACGUAUUAUGAGAAGGGAUCAAUUAUCGAAGGAAAAAUUAAAGCAGUUUACUACAACCAAAAGCCUGCAGCUUACAAGAAAGUCUACCUGUUUGAGGGUGAGAGGUGGUCAGCAAAUCUCUACAGUAACCUCACAACAGACAGCCGUGGUAUUGCCAAGUUCCAAUUUAACACGUAUAACUCCACCAGGGACAUCCGCUUGCACGCUAACACCAGACCAUCACUGGGAUACCCCGGCUACAGAAUUCCCUACUUCCAGACUGCAAGUCACCAGUUAUCUUUGCUCAAGACAGCUUCCCCUCAUGAACAAACAAUCAGCUACCUGGAGAUAAAGAGCUUUGAGAAACCAAUUCGAGCUAAUUCAGAAGUGGAAAUCUCUAUCCAUUACACAUUUGUUGGCGAGGGAACCUACUAUGGUUGUGCAGAUGUGGUAUAUUUGAUCUUAGCCAAAGGAAAGAUCGUAAUGCAGGGAUAUGAAAAUGUUGACAUACUUGAAUGUCCAGUGACUGAUGGUAAGGUGACCUUUAAGCUGAAAGUGACUGCAGUUUUUGCUCCAGAGUUCCAAGUUGUGGCAUACGUCGUCCUCCCUAGUCUAACUGUGAUCGCCCACAAAGCUGACUUCCUCACUGAGAAAUUCUUUGCUCAUGAGGUGUUCUUGGACUUUAUGCCUCCAACAGCCACUCCUGGAGAGGUGGUCAGACUGUUGCUGAAGGCUGAGCCGUACUCUCUGUGCGGCCUGACCUCUGUGGACCAAAGUGUCUACAUCAAGGAACCGGGGAAGCCCCUGGACGCAAAUGUGAUAUAUGACUUGUUGCCUCUGAAAAAAGCAACUUCUUUUCCAUAUGAAAUUUUUGAUCCACAAGACUGUGUGCCUGUGAGACCAAAGAGAAGCAUUUUCCCAUUCCCUGGAUACGUCGAAAAAGAUACAUAUAUGGUUUUGAGGAGUGUGGGUCUGAAGAUGGCAACGAGUUUGAUUAUCCGAACACCAGAUUGUCUCAAAUACAAAGGAAAAGAAUACUAUAGUGGACUUUAUUAUCGUAAGACUGACAGCUAUGCUGUACGAAAGCCAGCUUUAGCUGUAAUAGAGCCUGUUGAUGAAGUUUUAUCUACCCCUGGUCCUGAGCUUGCACCAAUAGUGACGAUUCGCAAAUACUUCCCUGAGACUUGGCUGUUUCACUUGGAGGAAGUUGGACCAUAUGGAAAGAAGGAACUGCAGUACACCGUCCCAGACACCGUCACCACCUGGUGGACAGACGCUUUCUGUUUGUCAAAUAAGGGAUUCGGUUUAGCUCCUCGUCACGAGCUGCUCGUCUUCCAGCCAUUCUUCAUCGAUCUCACUCUGCCCUACUCCAUCAUCCGGGGAGAGGCCUUUGAACUGAAAGCAACCGUCUUCAACUUCCACUCCAGCUGCAUCAUGGUCACUGUAACUCCGGCCGCCUCCACAGAUUACACCCUUAAUGUCAACCAUGGAGACAUAUAUACAUUCUGUCUGUGUGGCAAUGAACGGAAGACCGUUCGAUGGUCUUUGACUGCCACUUCCGUCGGAGCUAUAAAUGUAUCAGUGACUGCUCAGGCUGUGUCAUCCCCCUUGAAAUGUGGUCAUGAGGUUGUGACCGUACCAGAGAGAGGUCACAUUGAUGUGAUCACGCGAAGUCUCAUAGUUGAGCCUGAAGGAUGUGAGAUUAUAAAGACCUUCACUUGGCUGCUCCUGGCUAAAGCUGAGGGUGUGACAGAGGAACUGGAAAUAAGCCUCCCAACCAAUAUGAUCCAAGGAUCUGGAACGACAAUAGUAUCUGUUGUGGGAGACAUCAUGGGCCGGACCAUCAAGAACUUGGAGAAGCUGCUGCAGCUGCCAUCUGGAUGUGGGGAGCAGAAUAUUGCGACGCUGGCCCCCGAUGUCUUCAUCCUUAAAUACCUGACAUCCACAAAUCAGCUAACUCUACCCAUCAAAGAAAGGGCUCUCAAAUUCCUGAUAACGGGCUACCAGAGGCAGUUGAACUACAAGCAUCAAGAUGGUUCUUUCAGUGCGUUUGGAACAGGAGAGGGGAACACUUGGCUCACUGCUUUCGUGCUGAAAACGUUCUUCAGCGCAAAAGACUUCAUAUUCAUUGACCCAGAUGUGAUUAAAUUGGCCAGAAUUUGGCUGGAGGGCAAACAGAAAGAAAAUGGAUGCUUCAAAAUGGUGGGAAGGCUGUUCAACAACAAAAUGAAGGGUGGUGUGGAUGAUGAAGUUACUCUCACCGCUUAUAUUACUGCUGGAUUACUGAAGAUGGAUGUGUCCGUCAAUCAUUCUGUGGUGAAGAAAAGCUUGUGUUGCCUCAAGAAAUCCAUCCAUAAUUAUGAAAACACCUACACUAUAGCUAUGUUGGCAUAUGUUUACACCUUGGCAGCAGAUUACGAAGUCAGUGAGCACCUCAUAGACCACCUGGAACGUAUUGCAAUUACACAGGGAGAUUACCUCUACUGGUCACCGGGAAAAGUCACAUCUACCUCUCUAUCUAUUGAAAUUGCUGCCUAUGUACUCCUGACCAAAAUCAGCAAAUUGCGUCAUCCUGAAGACCUCACAUAUGCUUCCCGUAUUGUCAGAUGGCUGAAAACCCAGCAGAACCCUUACGGAGGCUUCUCAUCCACACAGGACACUGUGGUGGCUCUCGAGGCCCUGUCACUCUACAGCUCCCUGGUCUACAAGGCAACAGGUUCAAGCACCGUGACCGUCAGUUACCCCAGGGGUCAUCUGACAUUUGAGGUGAACGAUCACAAUGUCCUGCUUUACCAGGAGAAGGUGGUGAAGAUCGCAGCAGGAACAUACCAUGUGCUUGCGAAAGGCACGAGAACGGUGUCGGUCCAGAUUGUGGUGAAAUACCAUAUUCCAACUCCAAAACGUAAUUCGAAUUACCAAGUUGUUGUCCAGGCAGAAGCUAACUGUGACCACUCAGAUAAUCAACUCAAUCUGACUAUUACUUCCAAAUACACUGCACGUCACGACAGUUCAAACAUGGUAAUCCUGGAUAUCAAACUACUGUCUGGAUUUUUGCUACAGUCCGGAUCUAUGAAGAAGUGUAAUCAGCUGAGUGUCAUCUUCUCACAGCUCAAAAAUGCUCCGUAUGUGGGGAGAGUUGAUACCAAAGGCGAUCACAUUGUUGUGUACUUGAAAGAGCUAAAGAGGAACGAACCUAUCCAGCACAGUUUGCAACUCACACGAUCAAUCAAAGUGGAUGGUAUUAAGCCAGCUGUGGUCAUGUUGUACGACUACUACGACCCAGAAGAAGAGCUUGAUUUCAAAGAAUAUACCUACCCUUGUCAGCCAGGUAACAAUAACACACAGAAACACUAUGAUAUUUAG